UCAGGAAGGUAACUCACAAUAUAUACUAUAUUGCCAAACAUAUUGAGACACCCCUCCAAAUCAUUGGAUUCAGGUGUUCUAAUCACCUCCAUGGCCACAGGUGUAUAGAAUCAAGCACCUAGUCAUGCAGACUGCUUCUACAAACAUUUGUGAAAGAAUGGGUCGCUCUCAGGAGCUCAGUGAAUUCAAGCGUGGAACCGUGAUAGUUUGCCACCUGUGCAAUAAGUCCAUCUGUGAAAUUUCCUUGCUACCAAAUAUUUCACGGUCAACUGUUAGUGGUAUUAUAAUAAAGUGGAACUGGGAACAACAGCAAUUCAGCCACGAAGUUGUAGGCCACGUAAAUUGACAGAGUGGGAUCACCGCAUGCUGAAGAGCUCAGUGUGUAGAAGUCACUAACUGUCUGCAGACCCUUUAGUUCCAUUGAAGGGAACUCUUAAGGUGUCAGCAUAUUAGGACAUUUUGGACAAUUUCAUG